AGUUUGAAAUCACGGGACAUUUUGGAUGAUAAUCCUGUGGUCCGAUUCGGUUCGGCUUCUUCUGACCCGAGAGUGAGGAUUUAUGCGGAGACUGUAAGGUCCUGCUGAUCUGCUACAAGCCGUGUUUUACAGUUAUGUGUGUUAAUUAGUGCUGUGUGUGUGUGAAAGAGCGGCCGGUGCUCGUGUAGUUUAGCCGCGGUGCUAAUCCGCUGCUCGCGGUGUUUAUUCCUCACAGCCGCCUUUGUCUGGAAAAAAAAAAAAAACACCAACGCGGGACAUUUUGGUGUCCAGAAGCUUCCUCACCGCGCGCUGCAGGAGGAUUGAGGUUCAAAAGCAGACCUUCUGUCCCCGUUCUUGUGUAAUCUGAGGUAAAGAUGUCUCUGCACGGUAAGAGGAAAGAGAUUUAUAAAUACGAGGCUCCGUGGACGGUUUACGCCAUGAACUGGAGCGUCCGGCCUGAUAAACGCUUUCGGCUCGCUCUGGGCAGCUUCGUGGAGGAAUAUAACAACAAGGUGCAGCUUGUUGGUCUGGACGAGGAGAGCAGCGAGUUUGUGUGUAGGAACACGUUUGAUCAUCCGUACCCUACCACCAAGAUCAUGUGGAUCCCAGACACCAAGGGCGUUUACCCAGACCUGCUGGCCACCAGCGGAGAUUACCUUCGCAUCUGGAGGGUGAAUGACACAGAGACGCGUCUCGAGUGCCUCCUCAACAACAAUAAGAACUCUGAUUUCUGCGCUCCUCUGACGUCUUUCGACUGGAACGAGGUGGAUCCCAACCUUCUGGGCACCUCUAGUAUCGACACCACUUGCACGAUCUGGGGCUUGGAGACAGGACAGGUGCUGGGGAGAGUCAACCAGGUGUCAGGACACGUCAAGACCCAACUCAUCGCCCACGAUAAAGAGGUAUACGACAUCGCGUUCAGCCGUGCAGGUGGAGGGCGCGACAUGUUCGCGUCGGUCGGAGCAGACGGCUCAGUGCGCAUGUUUGACCUCCGUCAUCUGGAGCACAGCACCAUCAUCUACGAGGAUCCUCAGCACCACCCACUGCUCCGCCUCUGCUGGAACAAACAGGACCCCAACUACCUGGCUACCAUGGCGAUGGACGGCAUGGAGGUGGUCAUUCUGGAUGUGCGUGUGCCGUGCACACCUGUGGCUCGACUCAACAACCACCGCGCCUGCGUAAACGGAAUCGCCUGGGCCCCUCAUUCGUCCUGCCACAUCUGUACUGCAGCGGACGAUCACCAGGCGCUGAUCUGGGACAUCCAGCAGAUGCCGCGUGCCAUCGAGGACCCGAUCCUGGCCUACACAGCCGAGGGCGAGAUCAACAACGUGCAGUGGGCCUCGACUCAGCCGGACUGGAUCGCCAUCUGCUACAACAACUGCCUGGAGAUCCUGCGUGUUUAACAGCGCCGCCGAGGCCGCCGCUGCUGCUGACCCCGGCUCUCCCACCAACACCACCACCACCGAGAGCGAGA